AUGAGUGAUAAGAGUCUAGGAGAGUCAUCAAGCGGAGGACAAGGAAGGACGAGUGGAACACCCUCUUUCGUAGGUCCCAUUCGGAUGGGACAGAGGGAAGUGAAGAGCUGCAACUACUGCUACAAGCGUAAAGUAAAAUGCGAUAAGGUGUUCCCAUGUAGUAGAUGCCUAUCUCGUGGACUGGGUGAUCUAUGUGAACAACAAACCGUCAUGGUGAACGGGAAAAUCACCGGUGGUGGACGUCUUCCUUCUCAAAAAGUACCUACGCUCGCUCAGAUGGUGGAGGAGAAUAAAGCUUUACAUCGAAAGGUCAAUGCUCAAGAGAAGACAAUUCAGAACCUCAUGAAGAAGUUCGGGAAUGAGCAAGACCAAGACCAAGAUGAUGAUGAUGAUGAAGUUGAAGGGAUUGAGGGACGGAGUGGUUCUACCGAAUCCCAACAUCAAAGAGAUAUCGGCGAUACCUCAUCAAGAUACGCCAGUCUGGAUAGGGAGAGGGACAUGGGACGAGCAAGUGCUGGAACGAUGGAGUAUGAUGGAGAGCCAGAACAGGAAGAAAUGGUCAGAAUGGACUAUCUAAAGCACCUAAGUCAGAUUUAUGGCAUCGAGUCAAAGAAAUAUAAAGAGAAUGAGAAUGUACCACAACCAUAUUCAUCUUUCAAGAAUAACGGAAUCCAAUCCCUUGAGGCCCUACUCAGUACAGUCCCAAUCGCGCAAAGCAGCCAACUCGUCAGAUAUCAUUGUCAGACCUUACAUUGGAUACAUACCGUAUUCCACGAACCCACUUUUCUCAGAGAACAUGAUGAAUGGAUUGAUUCAUUUAGGAUGGGCAGACCGAUAGUGAAGUCGUAUGAUUACUAUGCUUUAUACUAUGCGAUAAUAGCAUGCAGUCUUUACUUCAUGGAUGAAUCUUCAGCUAUGCUGAUAGGCUUCAAUCAAGAGUCCGUUGCGGUUCUUCCCCGAUUCUGGUUUGAUACAUCUGUCAACUGCCUGCAAUGGGGCAAUUUCAUGCUCAACCCUACCAUGCCAAACUUACAGACGAUCUGCAUACUGCCGAUGAUAGCACAUGCUUUCGACGCUUCGAAAUACCUCGGAUCGCUCAUGCACUGCGCCUUAGGAUCUGCUCGGGAUUUCGAUUUUCACCUGGCUACUUCAGCUACAAAUCCCGAGAGAUUUGGUGGUAAUAUUCAGACCGAGUUAGUCAGGCGGAUAUGGUGGUGUUUGGCCAUCACCGAUAGUUUACGUCCCGAAGCCCAUCACCCAUUCCACCUAUGUCUACCAACCGCUCGCACUUCUCCACCGGCUAAUGUUGAUGACUACGAUCUCGAUGAUCACAAACCAGUGAUAUCGCGACCUUUGAGUCAGACUACCCGUGUUACUCAUCUCAUCGCGAUGGAACGACUAGCUGCCCUGUUCCGAGACUUCAAUCAAUCUUUCAGUACCAAAACCACCAUUAAUGCAAGGUUCAAGUGUGUCCAAGACCACGAUGCGAGAUUGCAGCGAUUGUUAGACGACAUACCGGAUUUGAAACCGAGGGAAGACGAGACGUACUACCCAAUCAACGGCUCUCAGAAUUUCGACUACAGACCUUGGUCAAGGUACCUCUGGUUGACUGCUCUACCUCCACACCGGAUCAUGCUCUACCGCUGGUUUUUGGGUAAGAGCUACACGGAUAAAAGGUGGGCAAGGGCGAGAGAGGUAUGUCUGGAAGCUGCCAGGGCUACUUUAUCGGCCCGUAAAAAGCCCGUCCCGAUUUUGUUCCAGAAGAACUGGCAUGUAUCAUCUUACACCGUCAUCGCAGGUAUGAUCCUAGCCCUGGAGUUGACCAACGGUGGUCAUGAUGCCAACGAGCGCGAUCAUCUCAAAAUGGAAGUUCUCGAAGUCAUCAACUUCUUCCGAUCUUUGACCGACAAAAAUGCUAUUGUCAACAGAGGUAUCACCUUACUAGAGAACAUGGUCUCUGAAGCUGAGUCAAGAUCACGAAAUGCAGCUACGGAAGUAAAUGGUUUCAGUGUGACAAAUCAAGAUGGAACGAUCGAUCAACAACCUUUCGAUUUCAGUCUUGAUGGGUUCUUCUUACAGGGGAUGAUGAAUAAUCUGGAUGCGGAUCUCUUGAAUAUUUUCUUUCAAUCGGAUAUGAAUUCUUCAUAA